UCAGACAGGAAUUGGCUAAGCGGAAGUGUCUUUUCCCGUCGCCGAGUGGUAAACAUGGCGACGCCUGCACGGAACCACGUGUGGGUCGGUACCGAAACAGGAAUUCUUAAGGGUAUAAACCUAGUGAAGAAGCAGGCGGCUAACUACACCGAGGUCUCCUCUCUGAACCGGGGCCAGGAGGUCACCGCCAUGUGCUUCGGCGACCCCCAGGAAUCUGAGGUGCUGCUGGGGUGCCGGGAUGGGACUGUAAGAGUCUUCAACACUGAAAAAUCCAAAUUUACUGAGUUUCACGAGUGUGGAGGAGGAGAAGGUGUGUUCCGGGGUCUCGGAGUGCUGGACAAUGCUCUUGUAACUUGUGUGGAGUCGGGGCUUUUGAAGGUGUGGAAAGAAGGCUCAAAUGAAAAUUUGGAGGUACAAGUUGGUCCGGGAGUAGAAAAAAUGCGACUGUGUGAAGCUCAGCGUCAUAAAGUGGGAACAGGAGGCAAAGAGAAUGACUUAAAAAUCUGGGAUUUGCAAAAACCAGAGCAACCCAUCUUUAGAGCAAAGAAUGUAAGGAAUGACUGGCUAGAUCUCCGGGUGCCUGUAUGGAUUCGUGACCUGGACUUUAUCCCAGAGUCUGAUAAAGUAGUCACAUGCACAAGUCAUCAUCAAGUUAGAAUUUAUGAUCCCUGCUCCCCACAAAGACGACCAGUUCUGGAGGUUCUGUUUGGUGAGGAUCCAUUGACAGCUUUAAGCAUCACUCCAGAUGGCAGGUCUGUAGUGGUUGGAAGCUCUCGCGGUAACAUGGGUGUGAUUGAUCUAAGGAAAGGUCGUCUUUUGUGUGCCCUUAAGGGUAAUGCAGGUUCCUUGCGCUCCAUUCAGUGUCACAAAUCUUUGCCUGUUGUGGCAUCCUGUGGCUUAGACAGAUUCAUGAGACUUCAUAGCUUAAAUGACAAGAAACUUUUGCAUAAGGUAUAUUUAAAGUCGAGGCUAAACUGUCUACUGUUAACGUCACAAGAAAAGUGGGAGGAGGAAGAAUUGACAUCCGUUGCAGCAGAAGAUGGGAAAGAGGAAGAGGAUGAUGAAGUCUGGAAUAAAAUGGAAACGGUGAUAGACAAAACUAUUUCUAAAAAAAGAAAAGAAGCACAGGAGACCAAUGUGGAGGAUUUAUCAAUGGAAAAUACAUUAAAGAAGAAGAAAAAGAAGAAAGCAGUUUAAUUUUUAGAUAUUUUUAUACUUUGUUGAUCAGGUUUUUCCAUUGUUGUUGUAGACAAAAUAUUACCUAAUCUAUCAAUUCAUUAGCAUCAUCAUAACAAAAGAAGCUGAAUCUUGUAAAAGCAGGUUAACAACUAAGCUUGCAGCUUGGCGUCAUAUUGUCCACCAUAUGACAUUUUAUGUAAAGAGCAACAGUUUGUAAGGCUCAAAAAAGAAAUCAGUCCAUCCAGUUCAGCCUAUCAUGCUGCAAAGUUGAUACUGAGGAAGGAAAAAAGACAAUUUUCUUCGUCCGGGGAAGGGAGGGAGAGAAUCCUACCCGGCUAUGAUCAGGCAAUCAGAAUAACUCCCUAGAUCAACAACCCAUCUCUAGUUACCAUAAUCUGUAAUACUAUUACACUCCAGAAAUACAUCCAGGCCUUGAACUUUUAGCCAAUUCGCCACCUCCACCGGCAGUGUGUCCCAUAGUCUCAUUGCUCUUGCCACUUGAGGUAGAGGAUGUCCCCUAGUCAUGGUCACAGUCUUGGGGUAUAAAUAGAUUAUGGAAGAGAUCUCUAUAUUUGCCUAUUGGUCUUUUUUUUUUCUUCUUAUAUAUAUAUAUAUAAAAAAUAUAUAUGUCACUGAACUGUCACACAGAAUAGAGAAUGGUGUAAAUAACACAUUUCUAACCUGAAAAAAAAAAGCUGUAAGGUCAUGGCCACUAUGGGUCUCACUUCCACCUAAUUUGCAGUACACACAAGUAAAAUUUGUCCUCAGUAACACAGACAGCAGAGAGGAAGUGGGGGGCAUGUCGGAGCUAGCUGAAAUCCUGAGCCUGAUACCAGAACUGCUUCUGAAUUCACAGGAGCCUCCUGGCUUUCUUCCCUCAUUAUCUGUUCUGUGAGCUUUGGAGCUGAAAAUAAACAUAGUGGGAAUCAAAUGAAAUGUAUCUAACUGUGCAGCUGAAAUAGGGAAUAAUAAGAACAUUCCUUUGCUAUGUCAGUUUUACACAAUGUUAGUAUGUACUGGUGACAUGUAUUUAUUAGUGUUAAGCCUCACCUGCCACGUCUCUGCCCAAGCCUCCAAUCUAUCCAAAACCAUCUGUAGCAGUAUACUGUCCCUUUUUUUUGUGUUCAUUACUAGUGUUGAGCGACGCGAGCUUUGGAUGUUUCAUCCGAAGUCUUUGUUAAAAAUUUCGGAAUAAUACUGUACGGAGAUCCGUCUCUGUACAGUAUUAGAAUGUAUGGGCUCCGAUCAGCCGAAGUAAGUGAUUCACAAAGUUGCGUCUGACUUUGUUGAAUAACUUCAUAGUUUAUUUUUAAAGUGGAAAACCACUUUAAAACUCGAAACCAGACUCUGCUACUCAGUACUAGUCGGAACCACUUUAAAAAUCAACUACUAAAGUUAUUCAACAAAGUCACAUGCGACUUCGCAUAACUUACUUCGGCUCAUCGGAGCCCAUACAUUCUAAUAAUAGUGCACGGAGACGGACAGUAUUAUUCCCAAGUUUUGAACGAAGUGACCUUGGAUGAUGCAUCCAAAGCUCGCCUCAAUCAACACUAUUACUUACAAAGUUUAGUAUUGUUUGCAAACAUGAAAAUGUUACUGUGUAAUCACUCUACAUAAUCAUUGAUUAAUGUAUUGAACAGAGUAGGCCCCAAUCCUGACCCCUAAAUCUAUAAUGACCAGGUAUUGAUUUUUAUAGCAUUCUCUGAUUUAUAUUUGGCGCUUUUGCACAUAGCAGCGACCAGUGCAUGGAGAAGGACCAUAAAGUCAGUGGAUACCAAUGAAGCAUACUUGCAGGCUCAUAUAUUAAUAUCACAGUUGAAUGUGGUAGUAGUGUAGAUCCUUACAUUAUAAGUACCUGUUGAUAAAUGAGGCUCAGUCUUUGUAAAACCAUAGUAGUCUAAAUAAAGUGGCUGAUAUUGAGUGACUGGUAACUGGGGUUCUCUCAGGCCAUGCUUAUGUUUUUCAUAAGGUGAUUAUUAGUAUCUAUAUCCCAUGUUAAGAUGUGAGUUCAGCUCUAGUAUCAUGGUAAUAUUGAACAUGUCAUUAUGAAACA